CACAGAAGACUGUGUGCGGAGCCUGAUUGGACCGUUGCUUUCUCGGAUAAACUGGUUUCGCCAUAUUGUCCCUUUCGGGGGGAAAGAACGCUGCGUUUCAUUUCUGCAAAAAUGCCGAAAUAGUUGGUGUCAGCUCAGUUAAAAACAUCCACUCGGUGGCGUUGACGGCGAGGUUGUUUAUAACAUGGCUCGGCGGUCAUUUUUAGACACUAAACGCGAUCACUUAACUAAUGUGGCUACCUGCUAGGCUAAAUCCUUUAGCGCAUAUUUUUUAGCCCGGUGUUGUGAAGUGACUGAGCGGCGCUGUGCUGACACACGUCCACCACGCUUCUCUGCGUGUUUAUAUUUCUAGAAAUACAAAUUUCAGGUUUCAUUUAUUUCAAGAUGGCACACACUGGGGUAUUGGAAGACACGUCCAUGGAGGACUGCGCUGCCAAGCAGGGGUCUGGUAGCGUAUGCAUGCGGAGUCGACCGGGCUACAGCGAGAGAGACGCGCAGGUACGGGCUGUCAAAGCCACGCUUCAGUCCAGGUUGGGGCCCUACGAGCCCGUUCUGACCUACCUCCAGUCCGUCCUGGUGUGGGAGAGACCUUUUCAGUGUGUGCUUCUCUACGCCGUGGUCAACAUUGUGUUCUGGUUCUUUGCUUUGACCUCACUGCGCCUGCUUUUCCUUCUGGCUUCUGGUCUGACUGUGAUCAUCUGUGUUGACACCUGGAGAAACAAGAUCUGGCCAGAACUUAGAGUCCGAAAACUGGAUGAAUCAGAAAAUGAAAGCUGGGGUUUGGUGCAACCUGGCAUCCUCAGUGUGCCUGAACUUUGCCACCAUAUUGCUGAGGCCUGGGUCAGUGGAGCAGUUCUUGCAUCCAGUGUGAUUCAGUACAAACAACACAACCCUGGCAUGUUUUGUGUCUUAACCUGCGGGGUGUUCUCCUGUUUGGCUGUUGUUGGGCGCUACAUUCCUGGCUUGGUGCUCUCCUACUCUGCUGUGUUGGCUACUCUCCUGGCCCCCCUGGCAGCCUAUCACAGGGUGUUUCAGCAUGUGUGUGUGAAGCUGGAGCCAGUCCUGCAGCGGCUGGACUUCAGCGUUCGUGGAUACAUGAUGUCAAAGCCUUUUGAUAACCAGUUUCUGCGAAGGCCCAUCCAUGGUGCAGCCUCUGGUGAAGCCAGUGACAGUGAAGAGGAGCUGGCUGCUUUCUGCCCAACUUUUGAUGAUGCUGUUGUUGCAAAGGAACUUGCACUGACAGACUCUGAGCACUCUGACGCUGAAGUGUCCUGCACUGACAAUGGGACAUUUAAUCUGUCUCGUGGCCAAACUCCACUCACCGAGGGUUCUGAGGAUCUUGACAGGCACAGUGAUGUGGAGGAGUCUUUUGCUCAAGACCUCCCGGAUUUCCCCUCCAUAAACCCCGAUGCCACUCUCAUGGAUGAUGAUGACGACACUAGCAUUGGGCUGCCAAGUCUGGCCCUGUCUAGCCUUGCCAGUCACCGGGCCUCAGUGCUGGAUGUGGAUGCUCAUCUUGACUCCGACCAGGAGGAUCUGGAUGCAGAACUGUCCCUCAGCGGUCUGCCACCUGCCUCCAAUUUCACUGGAGACGUCGCUGGAUUCCUCACCAGCAGAAUAUUCCAGGCGGCGUUGGAAGGGGCGUUGCAACCUAGGCCUCCUCCUGCCGCUCAGCGCAGAGAAGGACCUCCCGCAGCCAGAGCCCACCGAAGCUACCGCAAGCAGUCCAGCUCCGAGCUGGACACGGACUGGGACGGAGAGGACUUUGAAAUGCUGGAUCAGUCUGAACUGAACCAGAUGGAUCCCCUUGGAGGAGGGGGAGGGGGAGGGGGCACUAGACGAGGAGAGAGCCAGGGUUCUAACUUUCUAUCUAGUCUGCUGGGUAAACCACAGUAAUAUGUGUGUGCGUGUGUGUUUGUCCGUGUGUGUGCAUGUUGACGACUCGUGAAUGUGUGAUAGGCGAUUUUAGGUCCCAGCAGCCCUGCUUCAGUUUAUCACUGUGAAGUAUUUUAUUUUAUUUUUUUCUCUAUCUUUUCAAACUAACAAACUCCCCUACUUUUAAUCCCUGAUCAUUAUGAAGACUUUUACUUUGUAGGCUGAGCAAUAGCAAAUGCAGCAACAUAAAUAAUAAACCACUUUAACCAGCAUUAUUAUUAUUAUUAUUUCUUAUAAUUAUUAUUAUUAUUAUAGUUGUCAUUAUUAUUAUUAUUAUUAUUAUUAUUAAUAAUAAUAAUAAUAAUAAUAAUAAUAAUAAUAAUAAGCCCUUGUUGCUGUCCUGUAACUGAACACAUCCAUAUAUACGUGUGCUUGAAAUGAAGAACAGCAUUGGCCAUCGAAUAUUUUCUACUAGGAGAUCUCUAAAAUCAGGGCUAUUUAACACGGGACCAAAUGUGACUGACCUGUUGGUUGAUCUGAGCCUUGUUGCUUUGAUAAUGCUGGUUUAGAAAUGGCUUAUCCAUUGUUUGAUGUUUCGUAAUUGUGUGUGGAAUAGACAGAUAAAUCAGCCCUCAUAUUUUUCCAUCACAUUCUGCCCAAUAAACCGUAUAGAUGUUAGUUCUCUGCUGUUUUCUCAAGGCGCACAUUGUCACAUUCUGAAUACAUGUAAGAAUGUACACAUUUUAUUAAUAAAAGUUCAGUUUUAGUUACUUUUCCAUGUUAGUUUCUUUACUUUUUUCUGCUAGAACAUGAAGACAUAUUCAUACAUUAUUUGAAGCUUACGUUAUUUCUUAAAUGUUACAUUUACAGUCUUAAAUUUUCUGUCCCAGUGGAGUAUUUGAAGUUAUACUUGUGUCCCAGGGUGAGAUAUACAGCAUGUGUUCAUUGAUAUAAGUUCACACUAUAUCUUAUUUUCCUGUUCUUUAAUACAAGCACGUGACAUAAUGUGUGAAUGAGCUUUCUGCUCCGUGUGUCCUUUUUCUGAAGUGAUAUUUUUACACAUUUCUCUUUUAUCAUGUUUAAAUUUCAUGUAGUUGACUCAUGCUGAACAUUUUGAGACAAGCGAAGUCCUUGAAUCCAUGGCUCUUUCACUAUUUUAAUGGGGAAAUCAUGUUUACAUAAACAUUUGGUAUAGAAUGAUGUCAUCAUAUCUUUUUGUUUUUUUAAGUAUCAGUUAAGGUUGUGUGUGCUGGCCAAUCUGAUUUCCAGUCAGUUAACACACCAUGUCAGUAUGCCAUCAUUUUACAGUGGAAAAGGCACUUAAAUACUAUAAGCGACAGUUGAGAUUUAUUGAAAUCAAAUAUGAAAGAGUGUUAGAAAAAAAAUGCUGGCUUUCGAUAGCGCUGUUUUAUUUUCAGACGAAAAGCUGUAGCUGUGAGAGAUUUAUGACAAAAUAAAUAAAAGCCCUGCUGGAUUCAAACUCACAAUGGUUGUUAUUAUUAGACAAAUUGCACACUGACGGGGGAAUUGCUGGGUAUUUUUGAUGCUUAGGAAGAAGUCAAUAUCAAGUUUAUCAAGAGAGUUGCUCAUUGCUGCUUUAUGAAGAGUCAUUUCCUCUAAAUGAGUUGUCUGUGGUCAGUUUGAUGGCGAUGAAAUGUGCAUAGUUGUGUAUUUUUUCCUCUCUGUUUUUGGUUUUGAUAUGUUUUGAUGUGCAAAUCAAAAUUGAAUAAAAAUGUUUGCAGUUA